AUGCCUGAGAUGACAGUGGCCGACUCUGCUACCCGCCCGCCCGGACCACAAAGAGGAUUCAACGCGCCGCAUCCCGUCACCAGGGCAACUCUGCAAUCCGACACCGAGGCGCAGGUCCCGCAUCCCGAGCCGCCGGCCGCAGGACCGAAGCGUUUCGCCGCCCGGACGCGGGGACUCCGAGGCGCCCCAGAGGCCGCCGUCCCGGGGGUACCGAGAGCGGCGAGGGAGACGCCCCGUGCGCAGACCGCGGGUCCGAGGCUCGGCCACUCUCAGCCGCCCGCCGCACGCAGACCUCGCCGGCCGCACGUGGCGCCGUGA